CGAGAGCAAAAUGCAAAGAAACCAAAUAUUUGAAUAGCUUCUAAUUUUUUCUCUGCUGAGUUUCAUUUUCAAACAAGAGUAUUGAUUAGUGUGGAUACGACGUACAGCACAUCUAAUCACACGUGAAAUUGAAAUUAUGUUACAUGUCCAUUCAUUUUACAGCUGUAACAAAGUUCAGUAACUUCACGUGUAUUACUGCCAGCAGUGACCAUUUCGGCAAGCAGAAAGCGCCCGUGCACCAUGGUGCACUGUAAUUCAAUGUCAAAAUUAAUUUGUGACUGCACUCUGUUGAUCUGGGAUGAAGACAUGUCUGGCAUCUUGAGAAUGGAGUUGAAUGUGAUUGGGUGAGUGCACGCUGUGUCAUAUCGGGCAUUGCUGCUAUCCAACACUCAGCACCCAGCACAAUGAAGUCGCGCAAGACAAGCAGUGCUGACGAUAAGACACAGUCUUCUCUCAUGUUCUUCUUUGGUAAGAGACCGCCCGGCAGCAGCGCAGCACCGUGUGACGACACCGUCAAUGAUGCGCAGGCCAAAAAGGUGGAUGCCAGGUCACCCGAGCAACAUGUAACGGUGGUUUCUAAUAAGGAGACCGAGCCGGCGCGCUACACUGGACGCCGGCCGGCCGGUGGUCACGACAAUCCGGGGAGAAGUCGAUUCUUUGCUCGGUCGGCCAAGACAGCUACUACUGGAGCACAGGAGCAAACAACUACGAGCACUUGUGGCGCUGAUGCUGCCGGGUUAGAAUCACCCUCUCCUCUACCAACAGACAAAGACAAUACAUGCGAUGACGGGAAGGAACGAGAGGAGCUUGCGUCACAGAGCGCCGGCUGUGACAUAGAUGCCCGUUCUGUUGAAGAGCUGCUAGAAGCUGCAGCUCAAGCUGAUGCCAUGGACACGAUAGAUCUAACCGGUGAUGAGCCUACGACAGCGGGUGAUGGCAAUGACGCUGACGACGGGCGUAACAGCGACAGCAAGGCGUUUUCUGGUGUUCCUUACUACUUGAAGAACUUCCGUUACAUACUGGACAGCGUGCUGGGCGAUGAUGACAGCGCUGGCCUCUUGGAUGAGAGCGACAUGAAGAUUGUCACAGCGUUUCUGGGACUGGGAGAUGAUGCACAGAAGCUAUACGUUCGUUUGCACAACCGUCGUAAGGGAUGGCAUCGGCACUGCAAGCUAGAUUACAGCGAGAUCGUCUCGGGACUGAGUGCUGCUAUAGACGAGCUACAUGCCGCUGGCCUCUUGGAAACAGAGGAAAAGCUUAAUGACCUGGAAGUCAUUUUACGGCUACUGCCUGCUCCAGAUAUAAAGGACAUGGCCAAGUCAUUUCGUAUCCAAGCCAGUGGAGCUUCGAAUCGUAAAUCAGGAAAGUCCGGUAUGGGUUCGAGAGGAGGCAGUGGUUCAGGCGGAGGAAAACAGGACUUGGUGACUGCCAUCCUCCGCCAUUGCCGACAACAACUUAGUGUCUUUACGGCGUCAGGCACAGAGGCACCAGUCAGGAAACGGGCAAAGUCCUUGCUGGGUAAGUGUGUUCAGCUGCUGCCGUCGGCACGCAACGUCUUUGUUCGCCUCGUUCACCUCUUUGCAGUUGCUUCUUGGUUGGAUGAUGAUAGUCAAUUGAGCAAUGGCAGCAGCACCGUCAUAUACAACCUGCUACUCUCGGCUAACGGUAGCAUUGUGUACCCCACGUAUACCAUUAGAAAGGAAACCAAGCUGUUCCCGGACCGUGACUCCUUCCUAAGGUUUUGUACAGCUUUGGAGUUGGAACAUGAGAUUCUUUCCGCCAAGGAGAACAGUCAGUGGUGCGCUGCUCUCGAUGCAUACAACGGCUCCAGGCCAAUGUUUGACGAAUGCAUGAGAAACAAACCCUGGCAGUAUGCAGUUGACCGACCUCAGUUUCUGCUGCGUUUCACCGACGGCUGGGUCCUGUCUCGGCUCAUGUCGCAAUGCGUCGAUGUGCUGGAACGGCAUCGGAUGUACCCCGUGGCGACUGGCCUGCUGCGCCAGCUCCUCGGUGGUCCUUUCUGUCACUCGUCGCGUGGUAGAUGGUAUGACCGCUUAGCCCUGGACUUGGACCAGCACUUGAAGCAGCGGGAUGAGGCUAUGGAUGUGGUGGAGAAAGCGCUCAGCGACGAGCACGUAGUCACGGGACAUCGCUUAGCCCUGCAGCAGCGUGGUGUCCGCCUGUGCUCGGCUGCGUCCGCGAGCCAAGGCCUGCGUAGCCGGCUGAGUGGCUUCCCUGCGCCCGACCUAUUGGUGGCCAAAGAGGUUGAGAUCACUGGACGCAUGUACCCGGGCACAUCAACGGGCGCAAAGUCUUAUUUCAUGCGCAACUACACUCCUCACACGGACAAAGACACCAUGCCUGGUGGUGGUGAUGCUGCCAGCAGCGCUGCUGCAGCACCUGAAGAUGAGUCUGAGAGCAGACACAUCAUGCUGCUCUCGGUGGAGGAGCUGGCCAUGGAGCACUAUCGGUGCGAGGAGGGGUUCGAGUGUGGCAUUCACGCCGAGGGAAGCACGUUUGGGGCUCUCUUUGGCCUGUUCUUCUGGGACGUCAUCUUUGACGACGGCGUUGUGGAUGUCUUCCGGAAUAUGUACCAACAGUACCAAUUAUUAUCUCCAAUCAAGAUGAUGAUGCUGCUGAUGAUGUUGGUGAUAUUGAUGUCGUUACAAAAGUUACUAGAGUUCCAUUGGCAAGCAUGGCCGAGAUGGUCUCAACUUCAAGCGCUGGAAAUGCGUCAUUUCCUACAGGCACAGCAUUUUUGCGUAAAACGAAUGUCACUGGAACGAGUAGAUGCAGUGAACUGACGGAUGGAAUCGGUGGAGGAAUGGAUAGCCAGUGCACGAGGGAGGGCGAAAGACUUUGCCAUCGAAAUGUUGUGUACAGAUGCAGGAUGAGAGCUAACUGUCCUGGUCAGCUGGAAGCAUGGAGGAAGGACAAUAAGAGAUGUGAGCUUCCUUGUGAGAAUAAUAAGGGCAUCAUAUUCUCGCACGGCCAGGUGGUGAAGACCGAAGGUAGACACUGUUUGAAGUGUGUUAACGCCAAGUUUCGAAAAAUGAAGGGCAAGAAAAACUGUACAUAAGCAUUGUGCCAUGAAUGGCCUCAACCCCAAAGUACAAUGUCAAUGCAUAACUGUCGGCAUCAAUUCUUCUAUUUAUAGCCCUUGAAUGUUCUUUCUCCUCGACACCUACUAGUAUUGAUUGAGAAUUAUUGUAAUUUGGAGCGAAGAGACCACUUGGAUUGAAGAUGGCGUGUGUGUAAGGUUUUCCACCUACUAGUAUGUUAUUUAUUAUCUGAAGAUAUUGUAUUUAUUAGUUUCAGGGAAAGUACAAGUGUUGUGUUCAAUUUUUAGCCUUCAUGACGCCAUUCCUGCUACACUUCUGCCGCUAAUUUUCAUUCGUUGCUACGUGCAUUUCUGAUUUUCUGAAGACACCGAGGUGAUAUUCUGAAUCGACUUACCUGUGUGACACCACUUAUAGAUUUUAAAAUCCGCAUGCAAGGUAAAUGAGAAUUGUUGUCAUCUAUCUUUCAACUUGAAGUACCUUAGAAUAGGACUUGACUAAUCAUGUAUUCUUAUCUGAUCUAUCGAUCGCUUUCCACACUGCCACGAUACAUGACAUGUAACCGAUGAAAGGAAUUGCAACUUGUAUGAAUGUUCAACUCCCUCGACUGAUUAUUAUAUGAACAUUCCGUAGCACCAGUUGUACGACUCCUGCGCUGCAUAUACCAUUUCUCCAUUUUUCCGUCUCAUUUUAGAUUUAACUUUUUGGAGUAUAAGAAGACGGUCUUGCAAAGCACAAAUUAAUGCUUCGGAGUACAUGACUGAUAGAUAGAGAGUAGUGAAGUAGAUGAUUUGUUCGUUCGUUGAUUUGGCGUUAUUCUUAGAGUGACUAUUUGUUAGUGGAAAUCGAGUUUCGUUCCAUCAGAAACAGCUACAAUAGAACGGGUACUCCCUCGAGGCCACGAUUGUCCAAGGUGCCAUCCUGUUUAGAAGAAAGUCCUGCUUUCCAGUUUCUGCGUAUUGAGAGGAGUCUUGGGCAAUGCUUUCUUCAGAUUGAAAACUAAUCAAAUUCAAUGAAUUCCUGACGCCAGAAAUGACCACCUGCCGGCGCGCAAAUGCAAUCAGAAAAGAAUCCCAUGAAACGUACACCCGUGCAAGGCAACAGAACUUGAACACGAUGUUUUACAAUUGAACACUGCAGCACCAAGAGUGAAUGCCCCAUGACGCUGCGACCCUAUUCCAAUGCUAAAUUUUAAACUAACUUUGUCUCGUAAUGGAAGCUGCCUGUGAUGAGUGACACCUACACUGGCACAGCGGAGUAAGGGGUUUAGUGAGUCAGCAGAGUUGAUGGCAGUGGGGCUUCUGGUGUUACUACUAGCAAUAUUGUUGUAGCAUUUCGUCUCGGCAUGAGAAUUACAUGUACUUGUAUAAUCAAAUGCGACUUAAAAUUGGGGAAAUACGGUAUUUUUACUGAUUUGCUGCCUAAAAGCUGAGACGUUGGAUAGCCACGUGGCUAAACACUCUUUCAGGCAGUGGUGUUAACUGUUUUAGAGGUUCGGCCCGGUUUGCAGUAGAGAACAUGUCAGCAUGAGUACAUGUAUCAUCAGUGCACAGUAAAAGCAGCUGGGUAAAACAUGGACACCACUUACUGCAGCAGCUGGAUACGUUUGGCAUGGAAUCUAUCUUGAAACAGAUGUAUGCAUAGGAUUAUUGUGUCAUGUAGUCACAGACUACAAUCAUCGGAGAAGGUGUUCAGGGGUUCAACAUGUUUGUAAAAGGUACAAGAACACAGCACUGUGGAUACACUCCAUUGUUCUAAGACCUUCACAGGAAGGCUUAUGCUGGUCUGUGGGCACCGACAUCUGUUUGACAUGAAUUACACAGUUAUCUCAACCCUUGACAAACACACGCAAAACGCAGCCUACAGUCGCACUAGUGCUGUGCACACAUAUCGUCUGGUUCUGAGGAACACCGAUUGUGGAUUAAAACAACUUGCAUACACAAGAUGGGGAUGCCGAACUCUGCCAUUCCAUCCUGUAUCUGUCUGCAUGAAACAAUAUUAUCCACAAUUCCAUCAAUCGCCUUUGAUUGGCACAUACUGAUGAAAUCUUUGCUCACCGAUGUAGAAGAUGAGCCCAAUAUCCCCUCACAAGAUAGAACUUAUCCAGAGAGAAACUACUUUCAUGUUGACAAUCCUGGGAAUAGACAAUACCUCAGGAUUAUCUUCCCAUCAAGUGAUGAGUCUCAUGACAUUCAACUUUCAUUUUGUGACUACCCGACACGCGGGGUGUAUAAAAGAAGGCAGCUACCUCACCAAUGUCAUCUCACUAACUUGCGAACGGAAUCAGAAAAAAAGUUGCUUUGGUUUGGAAUAGCAGGAGCCUUCAGUGCUUGAGAAAGUUUCAGAAGAGUGUUCACUGCUUGAGAAAUUUCCAGCAACGAUCAAUUCUACCCACACAUACAGAAGGAGAGGAGAAAAAUGGCUUCCAACUCUGUGUGGUUACAUCUUGCGCUCGGCUUGUGUGUUGUACUGUGUGUAUCAGCAGUACCAAUUAUUAUCUCCAAUCAAGAUGAUGAUGCUGCUGAUGAUGUUGGUGAUGUUGAUGUCGUUACAAAAGUUACUAGAGUUCCAUUGGCAAGCAUGGCCGAGAUGGUCUCAACUUCAAGCGCUGGAAAUGCGUCAUUUCCUACAGGCACAGCAUUUUUGCGUAAAACGAAUGUCACUGGAACGAGUAGAUGCAGUGAACUGACGGAUGGAAUCGGUGGAGGAAUGGAUAGCCAGUGCACGAGGGAGGGCGAAAGACUUUGCCAUCGAAAUGUUGUGUACAGAUGCAGGAUGAGAGCUAACUGUCCUGGUCAGCUGGAAGCAUGGAGGAAGGACAAUAAGAGAUGUGAGCUUCCUUGUGAGAAUAAUAAGGGCAUCAUAUUCUCGCACGGCCAGGUGGUGAAGACCGAAGGUAGACACUGUUUGAAGUGUGUUAACGCCAAGUUUCGAAAAAUGAAGGGCAAGAAAAACUGUACAUAAGCAUUGUGCCAUGAAUGGCCUCAACCCCAAAGUACAAUGUCAAUGCAUAACUGUCGGCAUCAAUUCUUCUAUUUAUAGCCCUUGAAUGUUCUUUCUCCUCGACACCUACUAGUAUUGAUUGAGAAUUAUUGUAAUUUGGAGCGAAGAGACCACUUGGAUUGAAGAUGGCGUGUGUGUAAGGUUUUCCACCUACUAGUAUGUUAUUUAUUAUCUGAAGAUAUUGUAUUUAUUAGUUUCAGGGAAAGUACAAGUGUUGUGUUCAAUUUUUAGCCUUCAUGACGCCAUUCCUGCUACACUUCUGCCGCUAAUUUUCAUUCGUUGCUACGUGCAUUUCUGAUUUUCUGAAGACACCGAGGUGAUAUUCUGAAUCGACUUACCUGUGUGACACCACUUAUAGAUUUUAAAAUCCGCAUGCAAGGUAAAUGAGAAUUGUUGUCAUCUAUCUUUCAACUUGAAGUACCUUAGAAUAGGACUUGACUAAUCAUGUAUUCUUAUCUGAUCUAUCGAUCGCUUUCCACACUGCCACGAUACAUGACAUGUAACCGAUGAAAGGAAUUGCAACUUGUAUGAAUGUUCAACUCCCUCGACUGAUUAUUAUAUGAACAUUCCGUAGCACCAGUUGUACGACUCCUGCGCUGCAUAUACCAUUUCUCCAUUUUUCCGUCUCAUUUUAGAUUUAACUUUUUGGAGUAUAAGAAGACGGUCUUGCAAAGCACAAAUUAAUGCUUCGGAGUACAUGACUGAUAGAUAGAGAGUAGUGAAGUAGAUGAUUUGUUCGUUCGUUGAUUUGGCGUUAUUCUUAGAGUGACUAUUUGUUAGUGGAAAUCGAGUUUCGUUCCAUCAGAAACAGCUACAAUAGAACGGGUACUCCCUCGAGGCCACGAUUGUCCAAGGUGCCAUCCUGUUUAGAAGAAAGUCCUGCUUUCCAGUUUCUGCGUAUUGAGAGGAGUCUUGGGCAAUGCUUUCUUCAGAUUGAAAACUAAUCAAAUUCAAUGAAUUCCUGACGCCAGAAAUGACCACCUGCCGGCGCGCAAAUGCAAUCAGAAAAGAAUCCCAUGAAACGUACACCCGUGCAAGGCAACAGAACUUGAACACGAUGUUUUACAAUUGAACACUGCAGCACCAAGAGUGAAUGCCCCAUGACGCUGCGACCCUAUUCCAAUGCUAAAUUUUAAACUAACUUUGUCUCGUAAUGGAAGCUGCCUGUGAUGAGUGACACCUACACUGGCACAGCGGAGUAAGGGGUUUAGUGAGUCAGCAGAGUUGAUGGCAGUGGGGCUUCUGGUGUUACUACUAGCAAUAUUGUUGUAGCAUUUCGUCUCGGCAUGAGAAUUACAUGUACUUGUAUAAUCAAAUGCGACUUAAAAUUGGGGAAAUACGGUAUUUUUACUGAUUUGCUGCCUAAAAGCUGAGACGUUGGAUAGCCACGUGGCUAAACACUCUUUCAGGCAGUGGUGUUAACUGUUUUAGAGGUUCGGCCCGGUUUGCAGUAGAGAACAUGUCAGCAUGAGUACAUGUAUCAUCAGUGCACAGUAAAAGCAGCUGGGUAAAACAUGGACACCACUUACUGCAGCAGCUGGAUACGUUUGGCAUGGAAUCUAUCUUGAAACAGAUGUAUGCAUAGGAUUAUUGUGUCAUGUAGUCACAGACUACAAUCAUCGGAGAAGGUGUUCAGGGGUUCAACAUGUUUGUAAAAGGUACAAGAACACAGCACUGUGGAUACACUCCAUUGUUCUAAGACCUUCACAGGAAGGCUUAUGCUGGUCUGUGGGCACCGACAUCUGUUUGACAUGAAUUACACAGUUAUCUCAACCCUUGACAAACACACGCAAAACGCAGCCUACAGUCGCACUAGUGCUGUGCACACAUAUCGUCUGGUUCUGAGGAACACCGAUUGUGGAUUAAAACAACUUGCAUACACAAGAUGGGGAUGCCGAACUCUGCCAUUCCAUCCUGUAUCUGUCUGCAUGAAACAAUAUUAUCCACAAUUCCAUCAAUCGCCUUUGAUUGGCACAUACUGAUGAAAUCUUUGCUCACCGAUGUAGAAGAUGAGCCCAAUAUCCCCUCACAAGAUAGAACUUAUCCAGAGAGAAACUACUUUCAUGUUGACAAUCCUGGGAAUAGACAAUACCUCAGGAUUAUCUUCCCAUCAAGUGAUGAGUCUCAUGACAUUCAACUUUCAUUUUGUGACUACCCGACACGCGGGGUGUAUAAAAGAAGGCAGCUACCUCACCAAUGUCAUCUCACUAACUUGCGAACGGAAUCAGAAAAAAAGUUGCUUUGGUUUGGAAUAGCAGGAGCCUUCAGUGCUUGAGAAAGUUUCAGAAGAGUGUUCACUGCUUGAGAAAUUUCCAGCAACGAUCAAUUCUACCCACACAUACAGAAGGAGAGGAGAAAAAUGGCUUCCAACUCUGUGUGGUUACAUCUUGCGCUCGGCUUGUGUGUUGUACUGUGUGUAUCAGCAGUACCAAUUAUUAUCUCCAAUCAAGAUGAUGAUGCUGCUGAUGAUGUUGGUGAUGUUGAUGUCGUUACAAAAGUUACUAGAGUUCCAUUGGCAAGCAUGGCCGAGAUGGUCUCAACUUCAAGCGCUGGAAAUGCGUCAUUUCCUACAGGCACGACAUCUUUGCGUAAAACGAAUGGCACUGGAAUGAGUAGAUGCAGUGAACUGACGGAUGGAAUCGGUGGAGGAAUGGAUAGCCAGUGCACGAGGGAGGGCGAAAGACUUUGCCAUCGAAAUGUUGUGUACAGAUGCAGGAUGAGAGCUAACUGUCCUGGUCUGCUGGAAGCAUGGAGGAAGGACAAUAAGAGAUGUGAGCUUCCUUGUGAGAAUAAUAAGGGCAUCAGAUACUCGCACGGCCAGGUGGUGAAGACCGAAGGUAGACACUGUUUGAAGUGUGUCAACGCCAAGUUCCGAAAAAUGAAGGGCAAGAAAAACUGUACUUAAACAUUGUGCCAUGGAUGGCCCCAACCCCAAAGUACAAUGUCAAUGCAUAGCCCUUGAAUCUUCUUUCUCCUCGACACCUACUAGUAUUGAUUGAGAAUUAUUGUAAUUUGCAGCGAAGAGACCACUUGGAUUGAAGAUGGCGUGUGUGUAAGGUUUUCCACCUACUAGUAUGUUAUUUAUUAUCUGAAGAUAUUGUAUUUAUUAGUUUCAGGGAAAGUACAAGUGUUGUGUUCAAUUUUUAGCCUUCAUGACGCCAUUCCUGCUACACUUCUGCCACUAAUUAUCAUUCGUUGCUACGUGCAAUUCUGAGAUUCUGAAGACGCCGAGGUGACAUUCUGAAUCGACUUACCUGUGUGAUACCACUUGUAGAUUUUAAAAUCCGCUUGCAAGGUAAAUGAGAAUUGUUGUCAUCUAUCUUUCAACUUGAAGUACCUUAGAAUAGGACUUGACUAAUCUCGUAUUCUAAUCUGUUCUAUCGAUCGCUUUCAACACUGCCUUGAUACAUGACAUGUAACAGAUGAAAGGAAUUGCAACUUGUAUGAAAUUAUGAAUAUUCAACUCCCUCAACUGAUUAUUACAUGAACAUUCAGUAGCACCAGUUGUACGACUCCUGCGCUGCAUAUACCAUUUCUCCAUUUUCCCAUCUCAUUUUAUAUUUGACUUUUUGGAGUAUAAGAAGACGGUCUUGCAAAGCACAAAUUGAUUCUUCGGAGUGCAUGACCGAUAGAUCGAGAAUAGUGAAGUAGAUGAUAUGUCCGUUCGUUGAUUUGGCAUUACUCUUAGAGUGACUUUUUGCUAGUGGAAAACGAUUUUCGUUCCAUCACAAACAGCUACAAUAGAACGGGUACUCCCUCGAGGCCACGAUUGUCUAAGGUGCCAUCCUGUUUAGAAGAAAAUCCUGCUUUCCAGUUUCUGCGUAUUGAGAGGAGUCUUGGGCAAUGCUUUCUUCAGAUUAAAAACUAAUCAAAUUCAAUGAUUUCCUGACGCCAGAAAUGACCACCUGCCGGUGGGCAAAUGCAAUCAGAAAAAAAUUCCAUGAUACGUACACCCGUGCAAGGCAACAUAACUUGAACACGAUGUUUUACAAUUGAACACUGCGGCACCCAGAGUGAAUGCCCCAUGACGCUGCGACCCUAUUCCAAUGCUAAAUUUUAAAUUAACUGUGUCUCGUAGUGGAAGCUACUUGUGAUGAGUGACACCUACGCUGGCACAGCAGAGUAAGGAGUUUAGUGAGUCAGCAGAGUUGAUGCCAGUGGGACUUCUCGUGUUACUACUAGCAGUAUUGUGCUAGUGUUUCGUCUCGGCAUGACAAUUACAUGUCCCUCUAUAGUCAAAUGCGUCUUAACAUUGGGGAAAUACGAUUUUUUACUGAUUUGCUGCCUAAAAGCGGAGAUGUUGGAUAGCCACGUGGCUAAACACUCUUUCAGGCAGUGAUGUUAACUGUCUGAAGAAGGGCUGAGGCUUCCUGCAGCUUCAUCUGUGAAAAGAAUUCGGGUGGACACACCCAUUCCCAUAGCGCUGCACAUCACAUCCGAACCAGUUCCGUUAUUUUUACAACGUUUCGGCACUUGGCCAUCGUCAGGUAAUAACAAUGUUAACUGUUUUAGAGGUUAGGCCCGGUUUCCAGUAGAGAACAUGUCAGCAUGAGUACAUGUAUCAUCAGUACACAGUUAAAGCAGCUGGGUAAAACAUGGACACCACUUACUGCAGCAGCUGGACACGUUUGGCAUGGAAUCUAUCUUGAAACAGAUGUAUGCAUAGGAUUAUUGUGUCCUGUAGUCACAGACUACAAACAUCGGAGAAGGUGUUCAGGGGUUCAACAUGUUUGUAAAAGGUACAAGAACACAGCACUGUGAAUACACUCCAUUGUUCUAAGACCUUCACAGGAAGGCUUAUGCUGGUCUGUGGGCACCGACAUCUGUUUGACAUGAAUUACACAGUUCUCUCAACCCUUGACAAACAUACACAAAACGCAGCCUACAGUCGCACUAGUGCUGUGCACACAUAUCGUCUGGUCCUGAACAACACCGAUUCUGGAUUAAAACAACUUUGAUACACAAAAUGGGGAUGCCGAACUCUGCCAUUCCAUCCUGUAUCUGUCUGCAUGAAACAAUGUUAUCCACAACUCCAUCAAUCGCCUUUGAUUGGCACAUACUGAUGAAAUCUUUGUUCACCGAUGUAGAAGUUGGGCCCGAUAUCCCCUCACAAGAAGGAACUUGUCCAGAGGAAAACUACUUUCAUGUUGACAAUCCUGGGGAUAGAUAAUACCUCAGGAUUAUCUUCCCAUCAACUGAUGAGUCUCAUGACAUUCAACUUUCAUCUUGUGACGACGCGACACGCGGGGUGUAUAAAAGAAGGCAGCUACCUCACCAAUGUCAUCUCACUAACUUGCGAACGGAAUCAGAAAAAAAGUUGCUUUGGUUUGGAAUAGCAGGAGCCUUCACUGCUUGAGAAAGUUUCAGAAGAGUGUUCACUGCUUGAGAAAUUUCCAGCAACGAUCAAUUCUACCCACACAUACAGAAGGAGAGGAGAAAAAUGGCUUCCAACUCUGUGUGGUUACAUCUUGCGCUCGGCUUGUGUGUUGUACUGUGUGUAUCAGCAGUACCAAUUAUCUCCAAUCAAGAUGAUGAUGCUGCUGCUGAUGUUGGUGAUGUUGAUGUCGUUACAAAAGUUACUAGAGUUCCAUUGGCAAGCAUGGCCGAGAUGGUCUCAACUUCAAGCGCUGGAAAUGCGUCACUUCCUACAGGCACGACAUCUUUGCGUAAAACGAGUGACACUGGAAUGAGUAGAUGCAGUGAACUUACGGAUGGAAUCGGUGGAGGAAUGGAUAGCCAGUGCACGAGGGAGGGCGAAAGACUUUGCCAUCGAAAUGUUGUGUACAGAUGCAGGAUGAGAGCUAACUGUCCUGGUCAGCUGGAAGCAUGGAGGAAACGCAAUAAGAGAUGUGAGCUUCCUUGUGAGAAUAAUAAGGGCAUCAUAUUCUCGCACGGCCAGGUGGUGAAGACCGAAGGUAGACACUGUUUGAAGUGUGUUAACGCCAAGUUUCGAAAAAUGAAGGGCAAGAAGAACUGUACUUAAACAUUGUGCCAUGGAUGGCCCCAACCCCAAAGUACAAUGUCAAUGCAUAAUUGUCGGCAUCAAUUCUUCUAUUUAUAGCCCUUGAAUCUUCUUUCUCCUCGACACACACUAUAGUAUUGCUUAAGAAUUAUUGUAAUUUGGAGCGAAGAGACCACUUGGAUUGAAGAUGGUGUGUGUAGGGUUUUCCACCUACUAGUAUGUUAUUUAUUAUCUGAAGAUAUUGUAUUUAUUAGUUUCAGGGAAAGUACAAGUGUUGUGUUCUAUUUUUAGCCAUCAUGACGCCAUUCCUGCUACAUUUCUGCCACUAAUUAUCAUUCGUUGCUACGUGCAAUUCUGAGAUUCUGAAGACGCCGAGGUGACAUUCUGAAUCGACUUACCUGUGUGAUACCACUUGUAGAUUUUAAAAUCUGCAUGCAAGGUAAAUGAGAAUUGUUGUCAUCUAUCUUUCAACUUGAAAUACCUUAGAAAAGGACUUGACUAGUCUCGUAUUCUAAUCUGAUCUAUCGAUCGCUUUCCACACUGCCACGAUACAUGACAUGUAAACGAUGAAAGGAAUUGCAACUUGUAUGAAUAUUCAACUCCCUCGACUGAUUGUUAUAUGAACAUUCCGUAGCACCAGUUGUACGACUCCUGCGCUGCAUAUACCAUUUCUCCAUUUUUCCGUCUCAUUUUAAAUUUCACUUUUUGGAGUGUAAGAAGACGUUUUUGCAAAGCACAAAUUGAUGCUUCGGAGUACAUGACUGAUAGAUAGAGAGUAGUGAAGUAGAUGAUUUGUUCGUUCGUUGAUUUGGCAUUACUCUUAGAGUGACUAUUUGCUACUUGUAGUGGAAAUCGAAUUUCGUUCCAUCACAAACAGCUACAAUAGAACGGGUACUCUCUUGAGGCCACAGUUUUCCAAGGUGCCAUCCUGUUGAGAAGAAAGUCCUGCUUUCCAGUUUCUGCGUAUUGAGAGGAGUCUUGGGCAAUGAUUUCUUCAGAUUGAAAACUAAUCAAAUUCAAUGAAUCCCUGACGCCAGAAAUGACCACUUGCCGGCGCGCAAAUGCAAUCAGAAAAGAAUCCCAUGAAACGUACACCCGUGCAAGGCAACAGAACUUGAACACGAUGUUUUACAAUCGAACACUGCAGCACCAAGAGUGAAUGCCCCAUGACGCUGCGACCCUAUUCCAAUGCUAAAUUAACUAACUUUGUCUGGUAGUGGAUGGUACCUGUGAUGAGUGACACCUAUGCUGCCACAGCAGAGUAAGGAGUUUAGUGAGUCAGCAGAGUUGAUGGCAGUGGGGCUUCUCGUGUUA